UCUAUUAUUCCACAAAGGUGUAUCCUUACGUGCUUAAUUUCGUAGAUUGUGUAUAUGGUUAAUUCGAAAUAAUAGCAGCGAUGUUAUGAAGUACUAAAGUAUCGUAAUUCAAGGUUAUGAAUGUGUGGUCGAUAUUAUGUAUAUAUCACUUGAUACCAUGAUGUGACUUCGUUGACACAUUGUCACCAGCGUUGCACUUAAGCGUAGAUACUGGGUGACACAUUCACAGUACACAUUGGAAAGUGUCGAAGGGUCUUUUAUUUGUGCCCACUUGUGGGCAGGUGAACGGGGUGUCGCGUAUGGGGGAUGGUGUGCGGUCGAAUACGUCACUGGCACAUUUGGCAUAAAAUUCUGAAUUUAAGAUGGCAGAUUGGGUUCCUACUAUUAAGCAGUUAGCUCUUGCUGACAAUGCCUGUUAUGGCUGUGGCAUUGCCAAUGCAGAAGACGGCGAGCUUUUCUCUGCUGCUGACAUAGACCAUGACGAUCUUUGCUGGGACAGUGUGUACCGUGACCCAUAUGAGUUUGAGGCUACUGAUGAGAAUGGUCAGCCCAUAAAACACCAGAUUACGGAGAAGGCCACUAUUAUGGAGGUCUUUGAGAAGCGUCGUUCCAGCAUCGGUAUUUUCAUCGGUGGCAACAAAUACACAUUUGCUAACUACGACGAUGACUGCCCCGUUGGUGACUACACCUUCAAGUGUGUUUCCGCUGCCAAGAACAAGGGUGGCGCUCACUUGGUCAAGACUCCAGGUGGUUACAUUGUUAUUUGUGUGUUCGAUGAGAACCGUGGUCAAAACAAGACCGCUUCUAGGAUGGCAGCGUUUGCUUUGGCUGAGUACAUGGCUGCCAAUGGUUAUUAACCCAUAUGUUCAUAUUUACGUUUAAUCUACAGUAGAUGGUUGUCUGCGAAACUGCUGUGAGGAUCGGGAGAUGUCUGGCUGAAACGUGUAAUU